AUGAUGGCAAAAUCAAUCUCUGCUAAGUCAAGUGAAGGCCCCCAACCUGAAUUGGAGUCCUCUGCUUGCUGCCCUAAAAAUGAUUUGGUCUAUACAAGGAGGAAAAAAUAUGGGAAAAAGCCACCAGUCCCUCAAAAUGUUUUGGUCUAUACGAGGAAAAAGAAUGCCAAAAAGUCGAAUGAAAUUGACAACGAAGGAAAGCAUUUGGCACCGAAAGUCGAGCUCGAUGAGAGGACAAUGAGAGAAUGGGAAAUCUCGACCGGAAAACUCGAUUCUAGUAAAGACCCGGUUGAAGGUGAAAUCGAGUGGUGGGAGAAGGAGAGGAGAUCUUUUGUCGAGCGGGUCGAAUCUUUUGUUUCCAGCAUACGACCUAUCCAAGAGAUAUUCAUUUUCUCUUUAUUAUUGAGCAGCUCUGCCUUCAUAUCACUCGCGGCUAAGUAUCCGCUUGAGGCAGCCCAAGUACAUUUUCUGCCACCCGAAUCUGAAAAAAUGGCUCUGAGGUCGAGUGGAUCAAAAGCGAAAGAACAUGAGGUGAUGCUGCACACUAUGGGAAAAGGAAGAGGAGUGAAGAUAAGGAAGAGGAGUGAAGAUGGUUGGGAUGCUUUAAAGAAACGUUAUAUGGAAGGUGAGUUUGGUGACGACACAUAUGAUAAUCACACAUCGGAUGCUUUGGAUUGGAAAGCAGUUCAGAUGGCCGAAGUUGACGAAAUAGCUAAGGCCAUUGAAAAACGAGGGAUGAGCAAUAAUUUGGCCACAAGAAUAAAGAAUUGCCUCAAUAUGUUGGCGACUAAUGUCGGUUCUCUUAACCUGGAAUGGAUAAAAGGUGUUCCAGAUAACACGGCAAGAGAACACUUGUUGAGCAUAUCUGGGCUGGGGCUAAAAAGCGUGGAGUGCAUACGCUUGUUGUCACUAUAA